GCCCAUAGCCCAGUGACGUCAUCACCGUGCGCGGUGUGUUUACACUACAACACACACACACACAUUGAAACAUGGAGAAAGUGGUUGGGUUAACUUUGUUCCUGUGCCUAAUCGGCCGUUUGGUUAAUCAGUUUAUAUCGACCGAGAUCAGACUCAUCAGAAAAAGGAGAUUAAGGAUUAGAGACUUGAUUUUGAAUACACAAAGCAGGUUACGACGCCAAAGACGAAGACAAAGACAGAUCCAGUUGUAUUACCAGUUACGUCGCAGGCCGCCUUCUGUUUGGGUCCAUCAAAGAGCAAACAACUGGUGGACUGUUGUAGUUCCCAACUUUACAGACGAGCAGUGGAGCCAGAAUUUCAGAAUGUCUGAAGAUACAUUCCUGUACCUUUGCCAUAGGCUGCGAACAGCGAUGGAGAAGCGGGACACCAACUUUCGUCUGUGUGUGCCCAUAAAAAAACGAGUAGCCAUAGCACUAUGGAAGCUGACCACCAACAGCGAAUUAAGACUCGUUUCACAUUUGUUUGGCGUCGGCCUUACUACGGUGUGGCGAUGUGUUCGGGAAUUCUGCACAGCUGUUAAUGAAGUGCUGCUGCCAGAACUGAUACCAUUCCCGAACGAUGAUAAGCUUAUGGAAAUGGCCAUGAACUUCGAGCAGAGAUAUGGACUUCCACAGUGUGUUGGGGUUGUCGCUGGAUCACAUAUCCCGAAUGUCCCUACAGAGUACCAUGCAGAGUAUUUUAACCACAUGGGCUGGCAUUCUAUCAUACUGCAAGGAGUUGUGGAUGGAAACGGGCUCUUCUGGCAUGUAUUUGCAGGAAGUCCUGGCAGUAUGCAUGAUGCUACGGUUCUGCAUGUGUCAGGGUUGUGGGAUCUUAUAGGACAAGGACUAUUUCCAAACCAUACAAAAAAUAUAGCUGGUCAUGAAGUUGGCUACUACCUUCUCGGUAACGCUGCAUUUCCACUGCAGAACUGGCUCAUGAAACCAUACUCAGACACUGGGCAGCUGACAGCUGAACAGAGGACAUUCAAUCAGAAAAUCUGCAGAGCAAGUUGUGUGGCUGAAAAGGCGUUCAGUCGACUGAAGGGACGAUGGAGAUGCCUUCUUAAACGCAAUGACAGCCACAUAGACCUUGUGAAAACAAUGGUGCUCACCUGUUGUGUCCUCCACAACUUAUGCGAAACACACGGUGAGCAGUACAGCGAGGAAUGGGACCCUCCUGCUGCAGGAGACCAGAUUUUAGUGGCACUGCCCCCAGAGGAAGAUGCUGAAGGCGCAGCCAUGGGUGUGCGUGAUGCCCUGGUGCAUUAUCUAAACACAGACAAUUGUGCAUCACCAUUGCUUGAGUAAAGCAUAUAAACGAC